CAGGCUUACUCCCCGCAUUUCGCUUUCCAUGGACCCCGCAUAGAUCGGAGGAAGCAACCCCAAAGAGACCUUGGCAUGGCUGGAUGGUCGUGCCGUUCAUGCAGGUCUGGAGUACCGGCAUUUCCAUUCGUCGCCCUUGCCAACUGGACUGAAUCCUUCGGCUUGCGCCAGCAUAAUCACAUGCAGGCUCGAGAUCACAAAACGGCUUCGAUCUACAGCCAACAUAUCACAGGGCGUUGUCAAGAAGGAUAGUGACGGUGUAUUAUUAAAGCCAUGCCUUGUCCAGCGUCUUGCCGAGUGUUCAGGAUGACCACCCAACAAGGAGACAAUGGCCAUCAUCGGUGCCAGAGAAGAACACGUCGACCCCCGGCUCACGCGCAUUGCGCAGGCCGACACGAAGCCAUGGUACAAGAAACCCAACUUGCGAUUCCUGUACCUCAUCCUCGUCCCUACGGGGCUGGGCGUGGAGUGGACUUCGGGCUUCGACUCGUCCAUGAUGAACAGUCUGCAAGCGGUCAAGUCCUGGGUUGACUACUUUGACAACCCGACCUCGAGUCGCCUCGGCCUGCUCAACGCCAUGUACUCGCUCGGGGCGCUGAUGGCGAUCCCCUUCAUCCCGACCGUCUCCCAAUACCUCGGGCGGCGCAAGACCAUCGUGGCGGCCUCGCUCGUCAUGUGCAUGGGCGCGGGCCUGCAGGCCGGGGCGCGCAACUCGGACAUGUUCCUGGCGUCGCGCUGGGUGCUGGGCUUCGGAAUCCCCUUCGCCAUCGUCAACGCCUCGGCCAUGAUUGGCGAGCUGUCGUACGCCAACGAGCGCGCCGUCAUGACAUCGCUUUUCAAUGCUUCUUGGUUUGUGGGCGCCAUCAUCGCCGCGGGGACGACGUACGGCACGUUCCAGAUGCAGUCUACCUGGGCCUGGCGCCUGCCCAGCCUGCUGCAGCUCGUCCCGAGCUUUUUCCAGAUUGCCUUCAUGUACUGGUGUCCCGAGUCCCCACGCUGGCUGGUGUCGAAGGACCGGGGCGACGAGGCGUUUGCGAUCUUGCAGAAAUACCACAGCGAGGGCGAGGACGGGGAUGAGUUUGUCCGACUCGAGUACGCGCAGAUCCAGUCGACGAUUGCGCAGGAGAAGGAGCUGGAGAGAUCGUUUGUGUGGGCCGAUGUGGUGCGCGAUCCGCCUAUGCGGAGACGGUUCAUGAUUGCGGCGAUUGUCGGCUUCUUCACCCAGUGGAGUGGCAACGGCCUGCUGAGCUUCUACAUGAAGAAGAUCCUGGCGCUCGUGGGUAUCACGGACGACAGGACGGUGCAGAAGAUCAUCCUCAGCAAUACCUGCUGGGGCCUCAUCAACGCCGUGCCCAUCGCCCUCAUCGCACCGCGGUUUCCGAGGAGGCACAUGUUCCUGACCUGCACCAUCGGCACAGCCGUCGUGUACACGGUCUGGACCAUUGCGAGCGCGAGGUCGGCCAUUGAGAACUCGGCACGAGCGGCAAUUCCGGUCCUGGUGUUCAUCUAUGUGUAUUCUCCGUUCUACAACAUUGGCUGGAACGCUCUUGCAUACACGUACAUGGUCGAGAUCUUUCCCUUCCAGCAGCGCUCCAAGGGCAUCGCAAUUGAGCAGCUCACGGUGCGGUUUGCCGUCUUCUUCAACACGUACGUCAACCCUGUCGCGCUCGACGCCAUCGGCUGGAAGUAUUACAUUGUCUAUUGCGUGUGGAUUCUGGUUGAGAUUGCGACGGUGUACUUGCUGUUUCCCGAGACGCACAACCGCACCCUCGAGGAGCUCAGCUUCAUCUUUGAGGGCAAGGCGGUCCAGGACAAGGUGCAGCAUAACAUGGACAAGGUGCUUCAGGUUGAGCUGGAGCAUGUCCCGCAGCGGUCACCGAAAGAUAGCGGGCUCGCGGUUGAGCAAAGGGCUUGAUCACGAUACGCUUAAUCUCAGGCUUCGACAGUGGCCGGCACUUUGUGGCUUCUUCGAUGCGGUUCCUUGGAAAUCAAGGGGACAGAGCUUACCCAAGUAAUUGGGGGUUGGACAAUGCUUCAAGCUCACUUUCACAUUUAUAUGAGAUGAAGGCAAGUUCCUUAUCACUUGAUAUUUCAGGUGCUUCGGGUUUGUCCUAGUCCAGCUCCCAGGGCUAUCACGCAGGUAGGUAAGAGGUGAGGUACUCUCACCUCUACCUCGCCACUUACCAAGUAUGUACCGUCCAAUCCAGAACAUUACUGGCG